AUGAAGAUUCGAGGCCAAGGUUCAUCUUCCAAGUCCGUGAAGUCUCAGCAGGAGACAAUUCCUGAGUCAGUUCCCACUGCCACUCCUCCAAUCCCAGCAUCAAUCCCUGCUGUCUCUCCUACCACAGCAAGAAAGAAGGUUCUUGCUCUUUCGGGUCCUAUAGGAUCUUCUAUUCUUGGAGCUUCUAGUCAAGGAGUUACGUUCCCCAACUUGGAUGCUGAGCCAAUCCUAGCUUCGGCGGUUUCACUCGCCUCUCCCGAAGGUCAAGUAAAAGCCAAACCGACCUUGGCAACAAGUCAUUCCAAAUCAAUUUCCACUGAAGCUGUGUCUGAUCCAUCAGAUCAUGACUCUGAAUCAUCACUAUCUCCUGAUGUGUUGACCCCCAAGGCAAAGGGCAAACGCAAGACCAAAGUUGUUGGAACAAAGAAAGGGAAGAAGGCCAAAGUGGCUCAAACAAAAGGUACCAACUCCAUCUCUGAUUUAUCUCCUCUAUCCCGAUUUAAAUUAAAGGCAAAAAUCAACCCACCUCCUUGCACCUCAUCAGAGGAUAUUUCUCAUGAAACGGAAGACUCUCAACCUGAGCUGGACCCUUCCUUGACUGAGCCAAAUCCUAAUGUUCCUCUUGAUGAUUUGGCGAAGGAGACUAAAUAUGAAGAAGACCCAUCCGAAGCCUCUCCUGUUUCAUCUGACCCAAAAGGCACCACACCAUUGGCAUUUCCCGAAUUGUCUUCCAAACUCGCUAAACAAAAAGGUGCUCAUGUGUAUGUUAGGGGACAUUGGUAUAAGUUUGGUCCUUCUGAAAUUGCUAAAGCCCUCAAUCUUGUUCCUGUUGAGAUUGAUGAUUCUAUUGAGUUUGCAAAUGAUCAAGUUGUGUCUGAAUUGGUUGGUCAAGUUAUGGUGUGGGAACCAAGCACCUCUCUUCGAGUCAUGGACCUCACUCAUUAUUAUGGUGCUCUUUUCAAAUUCGCAAUGUUUAAUUGGCUGCCUACCACUCAUUCCUCUACCAUCACUCAAGACAUGGCUUUUCUAUUGUUCAAAAUUGGAACUGGAGUCGCAAUUGAUCUUGCUGCUUCCCACGCCUAUACUGUCAAAGAUGAUAAUGCUCCGUCCACAGCUCGAAAAGUCAAAGGAAUUAAUCUGGCUGGUCCUGGUUCUGGCAAUGUUGUGAAUGACACUCCUGCUGUCCCGACUGAUCUUGCUUCUGUCCAGACAGGAAUUACAAGUCUUUUUGACCGGUUCACUCUAAUGGAGGAGACUCAGCGCCAAAUUCUUGCUUCAUUGGCCAUUCUCAGUGCAUCCAGCUCUCCUGCUCCAUGA